GUUAGAAUUGAAUAUUAUUCAGAAAAAUGAAUCACAUCAAAAUUAUGCUAUAAAUAAGUGUUUCUUCACACACAUCUCCCACAAGUAGAAUCAAAAUAGCUAAUUCAGCCAUAGCCUAAACAACUUGAACAACAUCAAAUUUACUACAAAAAAUGUCCAUCCUUCCCAACAGCUUAUUUGGUCGGAGAAGAUCUGAACCACAUCGUUCUCACAUAUGGGACCUAUUCCAAGACCAUGGCUUCGGAGCAGCACGAACCAGCACACCUCACAUGGCUUUCCCAAGCGAACCAUCGCCGAUUGUCAACAGCCACAUAGAGUGGAAGGAGACCCCUGAGGCUCAUGUUUGCAAGGCGCAUCUUCCGGGGCUCAAGCGCAGCGAUGUGAGAGUGGAAGUGGACGAUGACAGAGUCCUCAGCAUCAUUUGCAGCAAGAGUGUGGAGAUGGAGGAACAGGGAGGAGGGUGGCACCGUGUGGAGGUUUCCAGUGGGCAAUUCGUUCAGCGUGUUAUGUUGCCUGAGAACUCCAAGGUUGAUCAUGUUAAGGCUUAUAUGGAUAAUGGGGUACUAACUGUUAAGGUUCCCAAGCAUAGAGUUGUGGACAACCGUGUCAGAAACGUUCGAAUUUCUCAUGCUUGAGUAUGUGACUGUGUCUGGUUUGAUGAAAUGGAAACUAAACUGCUAUCUUUGUAGAAGAAACAAAGUUAUCGAGAUAAAUAAAUCACUGAAUUUCUAAGA